AUGUCGACUGUUAUGCAGAAAAUCAAAGACAUAGAAGAUGAGAUGUCAAGGACCCAGAAGAACAAAGCAACUGCCCAUCACUUGGGCUUGCUGAAGGCUAAACUUGCAAAACUUCGGAGGGAACUUCUUACACCUUCAUCGAAGGGAGGUGGUGGUGCUGGAGAAGGUUUUGACGUUACAAAAAGUGGAGAUGCGAGAGUUGGUCUUGUGGGUUUCCCUUCAGUUGGGAAAUCAACACUUUUAAACAAAUUAACAGGGACGUUCUCAGAGGUUGCUUCAUAUGAAUUUACUACAUUAACUUGCAUUCCUGGUGUAAUAAUGUAUCGAGGUGCUAAAAUUCAGCUAUUGGAUCUUCCUGGUAUUAUUGAGGGUGCUAAAGAUGGCAAGGGUAGAGGUAGGCAGGUCAUCAGCACUUCUCGGACAUGCAACGUUAUCCUCAUUGUUCUAGAUGCAAUAAAGCCAAUUACUCACAAACGUCUUAUAGAGAAAGAGCUCGAGGGAUUUGGCAUAAGGUUAAACAAGGAACCACCAAAUCUGACAUUCCGCAGGAAAGAUAAGGGUGGGAUCAAUUUUACAUCAACAGUUACCAACACACAUCUGGACCUUGAAACUGUGAAGGCAAUCUGCAGCGAAUACAGAAUUCAUAAUGCUGAUAUUAAUCUUAAGUUCGAUGCAACUGCUGAUGACCUCAUAGAUGUCAUUGAAGGCAGCAGGGUAUAUAUUCCUUGCAUCUAUGUUGUCAACAAGAUCGAUCAGAUUACACUUGAAGAGCUGGAGAUUUUGGACAAACUUCCACACUAUUGUCCAAUAAGUGCUCAUCUAGAAUGGAACCUUGACGGUCUGCUGGAUAAAAUAUGGGAAUAUCUCAACUUAACUCGCAUAUACACAAAACCUAAGGGGAUGAAUCCAGACUAUAAUGAUCCCGUAAUAUUGUCAUCGAAGACAACGACAGUUGAGGACUUCUGCAACCAGAUACACAAGGACAUGCUCAAACAAUUUAAGUAUGCAUUAGUUUGGGGUUCGAGCGCGAAGCACAAGCCCCAGAGGGUAGGCAAGGAGCAUGAACUUGAAGAUGAAGACGUCGUGCAAAUCAUCAAAAAAGUUUAA